UUGUCAAAUUGACACUACCAAAAAAUCUGACGUAACAUUGAUUGAUGAAAUAACAAAACAAAAAAACAUGACGAUAACCGUGUGAAAUACAAUAAUAAAUAAAGUAAACACCUAAGAAUUAGCUCAAAAAUUGUAACAAUGCAGUGGAAUAUGUAAAAGCUUUGCCCAUUUAAAAUCAAUUUGGUUUCCAUAAUGUGCUCAAUUAGAGGAAGAGGAGUAAGUUACGUGCGAAUGCUAAACCCCGCGGCGCGGCAGGUGGCGGCGGCGACGAUGAUGGCAACACGGCGGUACGCGGCCAGCGGACCUGACCCCGGCCACCGCAGCCGCCACUGGAGCCGCUCGCACACCGCGCUCGGCGCGGCCUCUCUCGGCCUGGCACUACUCGCAGCUGACCAUUUAUACAAUGAAAAACGGUUCUUCAAAGCUGCACAAACUGGCAAUGUGCAAGAACUUCGUCGACAAUUGGAAGCAAUUAACAACUCGCGGCGCGGUAACGGCGGCGCGGGCGCAGCGGGCGCGGGCGGGGGCGAGGGUGCUGCGGACAGGAGACACGCUCUGGGCUGGACAGCGCUCAUGGUGGCGGCCGCCAACGACCAGCCCGCCGCUGUGCGCGAGCUGCUGCGGCUGGGCGCACGGCCUAACCUGCAGGAGCGGUACGCAGGCGCGUCGGCAGCUGCAAGCGCAGCAGGUUUACACCCUCUAGAAGCGCUGCAACGACGCGAAGAAGAGUUCUGUGGGAACAUGAACGCACGCGCGUCCUUCUUGGGUUGGACGGCGCUACACUACGCCGCGCUAGCUGACUCCGCUAACGUGGCGUCUGUCUUACUAGACGCAGGAGCUGAUCCCACAGCUCGGGACCACGCAGGCCGGCGAGCCCUGCACUACAGCCGGGACCCGUCGCCGACGCGCGAGUUGAUCUUGCAACACACGCGCCGCUGGGAGGAGGCUGAGGCCGCGGCCGCCGCCGAAGAACGACGCCGGUUCCCGCUCGAGCAACGCCUCAAACAAUACAUUGUUGGACAACAGGCGGCCAUAGAAACAGUAGCGGCGGCGGUGCGGCGGAAAGAGAACGGGUGGGCGGACGAGGAGCACCCGCUAGUGUUCCUCUUCCUCGGCAGCUCCGGCAUCGGCAAGACCGAGCUGGCCAAACAGCUGGCGCGGUACAUGCACCGCGACGACCCCGCCGCCUUCAUCCGCCUCGACAUGUCCGAGUACCAGGAGAAACAUGAGGUAGCGAAACUGAUAGGAGCGCCUCCCGGGUACGUGGGCCACGAGGAGGGCGGGCUGCUGACGCGCGCGCUGGCGCGGCGCGCCGACGCCGUGGUGCUGUUCGACGAGGUCGACAAGGCGCACCCCGACGUGCUCACCGUGCUGCUGCAGCUGUUUGACGAGGGUCGCCUGACGGACGGCAAGGGCAAGUUGAUCGAGUGCAAAAACGCGAUCUUCGUGAUGACGUCAAACUUGGCGGCGGACGAGAUCGCUCAGUACGGGCUGCAGCUGCGGCGCGAGCUGGAGGCCCGCGAGGCGCAGCGGGCCGCGGCCAGACCGAGACCCGCCGCGCUCACUGAACACACAGAACCUGAAGUACCGAAGGACGUGACACAUCUGGAGGAGGCGGUGGAGCCCGAGCAGUGCCUGGAAGUGUCGCGCCACUUCAAGGACAGCGUAGUGCGCCCUAUACUGAAACGGCACUUCGGGCGAGACGAGUUCCUUGGACGUAUCAACGAGAUCGUCUACUUCCUUCCCUUCUCCAGACAGGAGCUGCUGACACUAGUGAACCUGGAGCUGAAGCGGUGGGCGGACAAAGCAAAGGCGCGGCACGCCGUGGAGCUGCGCUGGGAGGGAGGUGUGCUAGGCGCGCUCGCUGACGGAUACGACGUCCACUACGGCGCGCGAUCAAUCCAGCACGAAGUCGAACGCCGAGUGGUGAACCAGUUGGCGCUGGCUGCUGAGCGCGGCGCCCUCAGCCGCGGCAGCGCCGUGCUGCUGACGGAGCGCGCCGGCCGCGUGCACAUUGCCGUGCGACACCCACAGCAGCAGGAGUACACGCCGCUCGACCUCGCCUCCGUCUGAACACGCCCCGACGCUACAGGUCGGUUAUCGUUGUACGGGAACGACGCCAUGCGCAAUCUGCAAACCAGCUGUGAUUUUGUUUAGUAUAUAUUUAAAUAAAUAAUUGCUUAAUAUAUUCUCACCAUCAUCAUAUUGA